AUGAGUCUGGGGGGUGGCAACAGCAGCCGGCGCCGCCGGGCAGAGAGCGGGGACCCAGAGCCACUCCCGCUGCCGCUGCCCCCACCCCCGGGAGAACCCGCCACAGCCGGCCCCCCGCGCUACCUGCCGCCACUACCCCCGCCGCUGCCCGCCCUGCCGGCUCUGCCGCCGCCCCCGCAGGCGCCAAUAGGACCCGCUCCGAAGCAGACCGAGCCGCAGCCGCUGGCCGAGGGGAUCCCGCGGCGAGGACCUGGAGAGGACCUGCCGCCCCUGCCGUCGCAGCCGUCCCCACCACCGCCGUUGCCUCCCCCGCUGCCACCCCUGUUGCCUCCCCCACCGCCGCCACAGCUCCCGCUCCUGCUCCCGCUCCCGCUUCCGUCAGCGGAGCAAGUGCCCUCAACUGCGGGAGACUCUGGUGAAGGUCCAGACCGCUUCUCUGAGCCUCUCCCUCCUGAGGCGGUGAUUAAGGACUCGGAGGAGCCGCAGGCUGCGAGAGUCGGAGGGGAGGCAGAAGGACAGAGCUCCGAGGAACAGCCCGAGACCCGCUCGGUGUGUAGCAGCCGCAGCAGUAGCAGCAGCAGUGACCAGCGCACGGGGCACCACCAGCACCAGCACCACCAGCCCAUCUGCAAAAUCUGCUUUCAGGGAGCUGAGCAGGGCGAACUGUUAAAUCCUUGCCGUUGUGAUGGGUCAGUUCGGUAUACACAUCAGCUAUGCCUGUUAAAGUGGAUCAGUGAAAGAGGGUCAUGGACCUGUGAGCUCUGCUGUUAUAGAUACCAUGUAAUAGCAAUUAAAAUGAAAAAACCUUGCCAGUGGCAAAGCAUUUCUAUAACACUGGUUGAGAAAGUUCAGAUGAUUGCUGUAAUCCUAGGAUCACUGUUCUUAAUAGCAAGUGUGACUUGGCUUCUGUGGUCAGCCUUCAGCCCCUAUGCAGUAUGGCAAAGGAAGGACAUCCUCUUUCAAAUCUGCUAUGGAAUGUAUGGUUUUAUGGAUCUAGUGUGCAUAGGUCUCAUUGUGCAUGAAGGGGCAGCAGUUUACAGAGUGUUUAAGCGCUGGAGGGCAGUUAAUUUGCACUGGGAUGUAUUAAAUUAUGACAAAGCCACAGACAUAGAAGAAAGUAGCCGAGGAGAGUCUUCAACAAGUAGGACAUUGUGGUUGCCACUGACAGCUUUGCGAAAUAGAAACUUAGUUCACCCAACACAAUUAACCUCACCGAGAUUUCAGUGUGGCUAUGUACUGUUACACCUGUUCAAUCGAAUGAGGCCCCAUGAAGACUUGUCAGAAGAUAACAGCUCGGGGGAGGUUGUGAUGAGAGUGACUUCAGUGUAA